GAGACAGCAUUAGAAACAUCAUCUUGCAGUUUAGACUGAACAUCUCUAGCUUGUAGCUUUGCCUGCUCUGUAGCAAACCCGCUAGCCGCACACCUAUACAAUAUUUGCAGUUCGGAUUAUAUUUUUAGGCAAUGGAUGACCAGGAAGUUUCUUCUUCUGAGGAGCUGAGCCCAUCAGUGAAAAUGACUAAAGGGAUGUCCAUCUUCCUAGAUAUAUUGAGACGAGCAGACAAAAAUGAUGAUGGAAAGUUAUCCUUUGAAGAAUUCAAAGCUUAUUUUACUGAUGGAAUUCUAAGUGCUGAGGAACUGAGCGAGCUUUUCCAUACAAUUGAUACGCACAAAACUGACAAUCUGGACACAGAAGAGUUGUAUGACUACUUUUCUCAGCACUUGGGAGAAUAUGAAAGUGUCCUUGCAGCUCUGGAAGACCUCAAUCUCUCUAUAUUAAAGGCAAUGGAUAAAACAAAAAGACAAUACCAAAAAGCUUCAAAACUGGAACAGUUUGUGACACGGUUUUUGUUGAAGGAAACAUUGAGCCAGCUGCAGUCUCUUCAAAACUCUUUAGAAUGUGCCAUGGAAACUACUGAAGAGCAAACACGUCAAGAAAGGCAAGGCCCAGCAAAACCUGAGGUCCUUUCUAUUCCCUGGUCAGGCAAACGGUCGAAUAGAAGACUUCAGAGGAACAACAGUUUUUCUCCAAACAACCCUCAUUUUAGCUCUGGCUUGUUAGAGGAAGAUAACCAGUGGAUGACCCAGAUAAACAGACUCCAGAAACUGAUUGACAGACUUGAAAAAAAGGACCUUAAGUUGGAGCCCCUAGAAGAAGAGAUUUUAGAAGGAAACACAACAUCACAUAUAAUGAUUGUUCAACGCCAGCUAUCUGUGCUAAAGGAAGAAAUGGAAGAAUUUCGUCUUGCUCUUAAGCAAUAUAUAGAAUCAGUAUCUGCACAGACAGGGUGCUUACAUGUUGCAGUACAGAAGCUCUCAAAUGAAUCUCGCUUCAUAGUUUAUGAGUUUUGGGAAAACAGUAACAUUUGGAAAAACCAUCUGCAAACUAAUUACAGCAAGACCUUUCAAAGAAGUAAUGUGGACUUCUUGGAAACCCCAGAACUCAUGACAACCAUGCUUGUACCUGCUUCGUGGUGGGUGCUCAACAACAACUGAAAGUAUCUCCAGUUAUAGAGUGAUGGAAGUACAUGUUUGACGUUAUACUUACAUUUGUAUUACAAAAGGAUCCUUUGAGUAUUUGUUGAACAUAAAUCAGUCUUAAUAUUUGUAUACAAUGGUAACCUAUUUAGGAAUAAUUUAUUACAUUAACUAGUAACUGUGAAAAAGAAACUAAUGUAAACUCAAGUCAGAAGUGAAAAUGCCAAGCACAACACGCAGAACAUACAAAUGGGUGUCUGUAAUUUGUUUAUACUUUAAACAGCAAUACAUUUUUC